UUUCACAUGUACAUCUUCUCUACCAUGGCACAUUUUGCCUUGGCAUUCCCUGUGAAGUGGAUUUGUUGUUGUGACAAUAGCUAAACUACACAAAUGUACAGUAGUUUAGUUACUGAAAGUGUAUUCUAACUAAUACUUAAAAUGUUUGAAUGUCACUGCAUUAUAGACUUUUGGGGCUCAUCAUCAAUGUGUUUGUUUAGGGCACACAAAAUAUUCUCUGAACUCCAGGGCAGAGAAAGUGGACCGUACAGCUCCAGGGUGUCCAUGGAGAAGAUCCUCACACUUCCUGAACUGAAGUCUAACCCCUUCCAGAAAAGGCUAUGUCACGUCUUCUCGACCUCUGACAUGAAGGAUGGCAGCUUGAGCUUUGAGGAUUUUCUGGACCUCUUGAGUGCCUUCAGUGAUUCGGCGACUCUGGAAAUCAAGUCCCACUACGCUUUCCGAAUCUUUGACUUUGAUGAUGACGGGACCCUUGAUGCUAGAGACCUGGAGAAGCUGGUGAACUGUCUGACCGGUGAGACGGACGACACCCGUCUGACUGCAGAGGAGAUGAGACAGCUCAUAAGCAAUAUCCUCGAGGAGUCAGACAUUGAUAAGGACGGGACAGUCAAUCUCUCUGAAUUUCAGCAUGUCAUCUCCAGAUCUCCAGAUUUUGUCAGGUGACAGAAUUUUGCUUUUUAUUUAAAAAGGGAAAAACUGGACAGUUGACAUAUUUUGCUGCCUUCAGUCUAAUUAAGCUGUAAUUGGAUA